AUGCUCGUCUCAGACUCUACGCUAAAGCCUUCGAAAAAACUGAAGGCCAACUUUUGGAAGGUCGUCAUACAUAAAAUCCCCCGAUUGGAGAACCAAGCUUCGGAUGAGCUGGCCACGCUAGCCAGCUCGCAAUCACCGAUCGUCAUACCACAGUCGAUCAAGCAAGUAUCUUUAGUGGCUCAUGUCGACCGAAUGGAGGGACUCUCCUUCCCAAGUGAUUGGAGAAUGGCUCUAGUGGAAUUCUUGCGGUCAGGGGCUACGCCAGCCGAUCGGGAGGAGGCUCACUUAUUGAGGAAAAGGGCUGGUCGGUUCACCCUCAUAGGAGAUCAGCUCUACAAGAGGGUCUUCUCCAGACCUCUGCUCAAAUGCGUCGGAUCGGAGGACGCCGACUACAUACUACAAGAGGUAUAUUAA